AUGCCUGCGAUGGCAUCUUGUGGCACGCUGCACAGCCAGACUUCUGCUUGUGGGCCUGCAGCCUUUCCACAGCAGAGUGUGAGCAGUUGCCAAGUGGAAGGUUUUAUAGAACCGCCAAACUACAAGCGAGGAAACUCAACUGCCUCGCAAUUGACGGGAAGUUCAGCCGCAGAGGGCUUUCCCGUAGGUUGUUGUGUAACUGCAUUGGAUGAAAUGGUCAUGAGGGCUGAGGAAGUACUCAAAUCAGCACAGGUAGCAGUUAUUGAAGAGGGCAGCCUGUUGGAUGUGUUGGCUCAUGGAGGCGAGCCUGGUACCCGACGGCUCUACGUGAGACAACCAGAGUCAGGACUUUGUGGUUGGAUCAGCUGUGUGGCGCAGUCUGGUCGAGCGCUUGUUAGUGUCGCUGCGGCUCAGGCUCCUCCAGUUGCUGCAGUGGCAUCAACAGCAACCAGAAGAUCCCAAAUGCUCAGUGGAGUCUCUCAAGCUUUUGAUCCGCAGGAGGCAGAAGUGGAGCGUGUCAGAACUGUGCAAACGCAGCGUUCCGCUGCUGGUACCACUGCAACCACCGUCACCACAUCGUAUCCUGCGCAACAGAUCACAGAAGAUCCGAUGCAGGGUAAACAAUGGCUGAGAAGACAAAAAGCACAAGACCUUCGCGAGGAGGCUCCAAAACGCUUCUUGGUGGACAAUCGCAUGUUGAACGCCGCGACAGAUGGGAUCGGCUACCGAUUCUCCAAAGAUCUUGAGGACCUUGACCUCAGCUGCACAGCCCCCUGGGGUUCUAUCGUCGAGGGUGUUGAUGAGGGCAGUUGGAUCCGUGUGUCGGAUGAGUUGUAUUUGCCCAAAGAGCUUGGCGGUGUCCCUGUCUUGACAUUGGAGGACACACCUUUUGCUUUGUCUGGUCUCCAGGUCAACGAGGCUUUCCCCAUUGGCAGCGAGCUCAUUGUCUUAGAGGCGGCAAUAAUGAGAGCAGCUGAGGAGCUGCGAAGUGCAGCUUUGGCUCAACUGGAGAAGGACCGCCGACUUCAAGUGCUUGGCUACGGAACAGGCAUCCGAAGCCGGCGCCUCUAUGUACAAGACCCCAUGUCUGGACAAGAUGGGUGGAUCAGCUUCGCUUCCCAGAACGGCAAGCUGCUAGUGGCCCCAACUGAAGCCACUGCUGAUGAAGUUCAGAAGGUGGCGACAAUGGCGACGAGAGUGGCGAUGCCCAUGGAGCAAUUUCAGGAGGAGCAAAUGCAGCAACCAGAGGUGGAACAGGCUUACUUCGUGGACAACAGGGAGUUCAAGGCCGACUCUGACGGCAUCGGCUACCGCGCCUCGCAAGACUUGGACGACAAGGCGGUGCCGGCGCGCACGGCGCUCUGGGGCUCCGUGGUCCAUGGUGUCGAUGUCGGCGAUGGAUGGUGCAGGGUGGGUGCAUAUUAUCUGCCAAUGAGUCUGACUGGCUUGAGGGUGCUAACCCCAAAGGAAGAAGUGUCUGCAUCGCUGUUGCCAAAGCUGGCCGGCUUUGCCAGAGGUGAUUGGGAGUACAUCUGCGUGGAUCCGCAGGGUGUGGUGACACACCUGGAGCCCGAGGAAGCAGAAUCCAAACCCACCGGGCAGGUGCGGCGACUCGAAGCGGGUACACGUUGCAGUUGUACCAUGUGA